CAAGCACAAAGUGGGCAAGCACAAAGAGGGCAAGCACAAAGCAGGCAAGCACAAAGUGGGCAAGCACAAAAUGGGCAAGCACAAAGCAGGCAAGCACAAGGCAGACAAGCACAUGAUGGGCAAGCACAAGAUGGGCAAGUGCAUGGUGGGCAAACACAAGGUGGGCAAGCACAAGAUGGGCAAGCACAAGACAGGCAAGUGCAAGGCGAGCAAGUGCAUAGUAGGCAAGCACAAAGUGGUCAAGCACAAGGUGGGCAAGCGAAUAGCAGGCAAGAACAAGGUGGGCAAGCAAAUGGCGGGCAAGCACAAG